AUGGGUGCCGCCGAGAGCCAUGAUGCGCCUGAGAGCAGCGACUCCUUGCUCAACCUGAGCUGCUGCGAGACGAGACACAAGAAGAGAGGUCCUCUGCACGAGUCAAGGCCUCUCUCCUCGCCGUGCGGAAUCGGGAUGGGGCUCGACUCGCAGAUGCUGGCUGAAGGACGGGGAGCGGUAGUCAUCUGCCUGGCAAAGGACGGGCCAGCGGAGAGAGACGGUAAGGUGCAGAUAGGAGACUCGAUCCUCUUCGUCGACGACCUCGACCUGCGCGAGCUCAUGAACAAUUCCGGUAAGAUGAGCUUCUCCGGUGACAUCCCGAGCCUGCUGGCUCGCGCUCUGCUGGGAGAAGAAGGAUCGACGGUGAGGCUCGGGAUCUCCAGGAAGGGAGAGCCAGGGAUCUUGUACAGGGAGGUUAGGAGAGAACAUCUGAAGCCAAGGAGCCAGUGGCUGAGCGCCCACUCAAAUGCAUCGAGGAGCAUGGAGUAA